AGAUACUUCCUGUUUGCUCUGUUUGUGAGUCGCAGUGUGUUGUGUGUCAAGUGCAGAGGUCUGCGAGCGCAGUAGAACGAUACAACAGGAUACCAGCGGCUGGGUUUCUCUCGUCUCACUACGCUGCUACCUGGUGCCCAGGAUGUGGGUUUGUGUGUUUAACCAUGUUGUGCAUGGUGAAUGAAUGGCAGAGGUGUUGAGUCUUAGACGCAUUUUUUGGACCUUGGAUUCUUAAGGACAAACACAAGUGAUGGAUGUCGGACAGUAAACUGCAGAUCGUGAGUGGUGAAGAUGCAGCACACAUCGUGCACAGAGGACAGGAUCAAGCACGCUCUGGACAGGUGUCUGGACGGGCUGAGACACAGUCCCACAGCUGCACAUCACUGGAACGUGCUGAUGUGCUCAGCAGGUCAGUCCAUGAACCGCUGGAGCCUUGAGGAGUUGGUGAAGAGGGACCCUGAGAACUUCCUCAUCCUCUUACAACAAAUCAUCAGGAAGACCAAAGAGGCUCAGGAGCAGUGUCAGUAUGAGCUGGUGGCUCCCCUGGCAAUCAUGUUCUCCUCCACGCUGCUUCAGACGCCGUACUGUCCUCCUGGCACAGAGCUACUAGAGGAAGCUAUUGCUGUGUUUCGCUGCUUCAUCACCUGGCCUGAGCCAUACAGUAGUGUGUGUAGAAACCUCCUGUCUACCCUGCAGCUAGAGAUCAAGGCCCCAGGGAUUUCCUUUCAGAGGCUGGUGAGAGAAGAACAGAGUUUGAUCAACCCCAGCCAGUGCUCCAAGAUCAUGACUGUGCUACUGAUGAAUCCAGGCGAGGUGCCCCAGGACUUUGUCUCAGUGGCUGAACAGCUCAGUAGCAUUCGGCACUCGGAAAAGGAGACUUACAUCACCUUGAUCAAACACGCCUUCCAGUCCACACUAGGCACCAAGUAUCCUCUCCAUAGUAUCCACAGAGUCCUGCAGGAAAAAACUGUGGAUGAACUUGGGGGGAUCUACUCUGUGGUAAGUGAUCUGUUAGACACUGCCGCUGCCAUGGAUGACCCUCUGAAGGGCCGCAGUCAUGUGAUCCAGGGACUUGAACAGCUAAGGGAUAGGAUGAGAAUCCCAGCAUCCAAUGGAAGGAAGUCUGAUGGAAUGUUACAAACUCUCCCACUGCCUACAGCCAAGUGUCACAUGUUUCACUGGGAAAAUGACAAUUUUGAUGUUCUCAACACCCUUUUGGAGCAUGACCCAGAUGACUUGUCAACCAAUGGGCACGCUGAUGAGGAAGAGGAGAUAGGCAGUGAUGAGGAGGGGGGAGAUGUGAUAGGGAUUGGCUUACGAGAGGAAGAGGACGAUGAAGUGCAUGGAGUAGAAUUGCCUUCAUUAUCUACUCAUCGUGCCUCCACCUUCUCCACCAUCUCCUCCCUGUCCACUACAUCCAAAGACUCAAUGUUCUCCACUUUAUCUGUAACCUCAGGGUCCUACGCUCCGUCACUCUUCUCCGUCACUUCAGGAGUAGAUAGCGACUUCUUUGAUGAUUUCGAUGAUUCUCCAAUCUCUGAAAAAUGUUCGCCAAAGUCUGGCUACAAAGCUUCUGCUCGGCUCAGCCAGCACCUCUACCGGCUCUUCAUAAAACCUAAGGCGUCCCGGGCGCUGAUCCGGGCAAAAAGCUUAGGAAAUGCUGAAUCAAAGGACCUUUUAAUGGUGCCAGAUAGACGCUCAAACUCUCUACCCCAGCAGGUUAAAUUACGAAGUCCUGAGCCUCUGCAACAGUCGCAAAAUCAGACUCUCAGACAUGUCUGCUUCCGGAGGAGGCCGAUUCUUAGUAGUAACGAGGACAUCAAGAACACUACGCUGAGGAUGGUGGUGUUCGGUGCUGAUCAUGUUGUGGGGAAGGUGGCUCGGGCUUACAACAGUCUGAGGAGAAAAGAGAGUGAAUGUCCUCGUCUCAGCAGGGCUUUCAAACUUCGGUUCUACUUUAUGCCAGUGAGGAGGGACUUGGCUGCAGGGCUGGGGAGUCUGAAGUCUCCCAGUCCUUUGGUCCAAACUGGAACCUCAAAGGGAGCAGCCUUGUCAAAUGAGCUCUCCCACUCUGGCACAGGGGACAGUACUAAUGACAUUGCCAAUCUUCUCGGAAUGUUGGACCCUUGGUACGAAAGGAACACCCUCAGCCUUCUUAAUUUGCCUUCCAACAUCGUCUGCCAGCAAACCUCAAAGACUGAGUCAGAAUCAUACGAUGGUUCGUAUGAACAGCGGUUGCCCAUCCUGGCAGACUUGGUCCUGUACUACUGCCGCUAUGCAACCAGGCCAGCUCUGAUCCAGCUCUACCAAGCUGAUUUGACAUUAGCUUGCGGAGAGAAGAGGACUGAGGUGUUUAUCCACUCCCUGGAGUUGGGUCACACUGCAGGAACACGAGCCAUCAAGGCCAUGGGUGCUGCCAGUAAACGGUUUGGCAUUGACGGUGACAGAGAGGCAGUGCCACUAACGUUGGAAGUGGUGUACAAUAGAGUGGUAAUAAGUGGGAGAAGUCAGUGGAAAAAAGACACCAAAGUCUGUACUUCUGUAAACUUGACCAAAGCCUGCAAGAAUCCUGAGGAGCUAGACUCAAAGAUGGAGUAUCUGCUGCUCACAAUGACUGAGGUCCUGAAAAGACAGAGUGGUAAAAGCAAGAAAGGCUACAACCAGCAGCUGAGUGUGACAGAGGUGAAGGUGGACAAAGUACAGAUCAGUGGUACUGGAGACACAACCUUUGCUGUUUGUCUGGACCAGGACGAGAAAAAAAUACUGCAAAGUGUCACCAGAUGUGACAUAUCAGUGUGCUAUAAACCUGACAGCUCUACUGACUGGAAGUUAAGAGAAUCCCUGGCCUCAGCACAAAUCCAUCCCCUGCACCCCACCUUCUGCUCUCUCCUCUGCCUACCCAUUGUCACUUUCAGCGGGGCACUCCCCUGAAACUGCUGACCAUGUGUUUGAGUGGCUUUAAAAAAAAAAUCUCUGCACUGGACUGACAUUUAUAUGCUGUGAAAAACAGGCACUGAAUUCAGAAAGAGGUGGUCAAGUUUCCAUGAUAGUAGCCUCAGUGGGGCAGAGCUGUUGGAAUCAAAAGGACUUAGGUAGAAGGACCGAUCAGAAAACUCCAGACCUGAGUGGCUUGUAAACAUGGACACAAGCACAUGCCAAAGAACUUGAGAAACAAAGAAUGAUUAGACAUACAACAGUAUAAAUGAUGUUCAAGCAUCUAUAUCGUAAAGCAAACUGCUCAAGUUUCGAUCCAUGGGUUUCAGUUUCUCAUUCCAAGUAUGUAGAGAAGUGACCCUUACCCACAGUAGCUUGUGAAUAUAAUUUGGUCAAAGAAGGUGAAUCUACAGUAUGAGAUCUCAGGUAAGACGGCAAUCAAGCUUGUUAAAACUAUAUAUUGCAGAAGCCAGGGUGCUACCAAGAAAUCAUCUCUGAAAAUGUCAACUCCACCUUUGGAACUUUGUCUUAGAUCAUGUAUAACAUGGAGUAACACAAAGACAUUUCCCCUCUUCUGAGCAAACUGAACCAUGUAAUGUCUUAUUUGGGGAUGAAUACUGAGCUAAGGGCUCUAUCUACAAUUAGACACUAUGGACUUUCACUGUGUGUAAAUAUGUUUGAAAAUAUGAAUUGUCUGAAAUGACGAAAGCCACAUCAUAAUUAUUUUUUUUUGCAUUUUUUUUUUAAAAAACUUGGCGUCUUGUGAUAACACUCCUAGGGAGUUACUAUGAAGUCACUGCUGUAACUGGUAAAUUUGGCCAGCAGGGGGGUCUGUUGAUCUUUUCACUUCUGUUGAAGUACAGGUUACCUCAACAUUCCAGUGAUGGUUGCAUAUUUGCAGUCAAGUCUCUGUCCACUGUAAUGGACCAUGGGGCCAGCACUUUUUAACCUUCUAACCUGUGCAGAUAGAACAUGUACAUUUGAUAUAUUGGUGCUAAAAACAUCUGGAUUCACAUAAUACUUUAUAGUAUAUAAUAUUAUAAAGUAACUAAUUCAUAGCACUGUGCAUACUGUAAACUAGGAUAUUUCAAAGAAUAUCUCUAGUGUUGUUGAGGGAGUAUAUCUUUAUCACCUGGCUGAGACUGAAAUAGUAGCACUGUACAGAAAAGUUUUUAUGCAAUUAUAGCACUUCAUGAUGACAUAAUAUAAAAUAAGGUACUUAAGUUUCAGAUGAAUACCUUACUUCACUGCCCUAUCCUGACAUUUCUGUUUAUUUUAUUUGAUUGUUGUGUUAAUAUAUUUCAAAUGCAAUAUUGUUUUUAUGUGUAUCAUGGUGAUAUUGAUGUGUAGGGAUGUAUAUAAAUUGAGUUCCAUUUUCAUUAAAAUACAUCCCUCCAAUAUAACAUUUUUGUUAUAGCCAACCUGACUUCCUGUAAAGGGAUUGUUCUGUUUUACUAACUUGUUUAUUUGGCAUAUCUGGCGAAUCUGUACGGGGUUUCAUGCAACUAAAUACAAUCACAUUAUUCACACUGCA